AUGAAUGGUAGUAGACAUACUUCGCUCAUAGUCAUAAAUAUUGACGAGCUGAGAGAAAAAUUGGAAAGAAGCGAGUAUGGAGCUCACAGCGAAGGAGCAACACAAUUCCCAAAAGCUGACUUGAAGUGGCGUCCAAAGUUAUCCGCCAUCUCGAGAACAAGUCGAAAUGUUCUGCGAGUUCUUGAAGCACGACAGAGCGAGCAAGAAAAAAUGGAAGAAAUACCAGCGGAGGAACUAGAACCGGCAUUGGUUCACGGAGAUGACGGAAUGGCAAUUCAUAGUGAUGUGAUACCAGGAGCACCUGCGAUUAUUCCUGAACGCAUGGUAGUGGAGACAGGUCAAGAAAACGUGUUGUAA